ACACUUUACCAUUGCAGAAGCUAAAAUGGAAACCACAGUAGCGGCCGUGAUGCGUGGAGCCCAUCCGGAACGCGAUGGACCUACUUUCUUCAAACCCUAGAUCUAAUCCAUGUGCAUCUGCAAAAGAAAGCUGAAACCUUGAAUGCAAGCAUAGGCAACAAAGGAAUCUCCCGAGGACAGAGCACAAGCUCCGACAAUGGCUAUCCCCCUCACCUCAAGGUACUUCCCCUUCGUCCUCGCCCUCCUCCUCUCCCUCACCAACUUUGCCCUGAGAGCACUAGCAACAGCAACGCCUAUUUCCUUCACCUUCGACCAUUUCCCUAAAAAUGUCACUUUGGACUCCGCUAUAGCUCUCUACGGCGAUGCCGUGGUUGAAGAUUCGACAGUUAAAAUGAUCGGCGCCGGAAAGGUCCUUUACAGGAAACCCUUCAAGUUCCUCCGGGGAAGGGGAACGCCUGGGUUCUCCACCUAUUUCUGCUUCUCCCUUUCCUCUUCCGGGGCCAAUAACCUAGCUUUCUUUCUCGAUUCAGCUGAUUCGCGACUGUUUGGACUGUCAAAAAACGUUCUUUUGGUGGAAUUUACUAGCAAUGCAAGCCGUGGUCACAUCGGGAUUAGUGUUGGUCGUGAAUCAAGCGCUGAAGGCUGUAAAUUUUCUUCGGGUGAUGUAGAUGUGAGCAGCGGAGGGAAGCUACAUUCUUGGGUCGAGUAUGAUGGGUUUUCAAAGAGAAUUGAAGUGAGGUUAAGCAAAUUUAGGGCUUGGAGACCUGCGAGUCCAUUCAUCUCCUGCCCAGUUGAUAUCUCGAGUGUCUUGCAGAUGGAGGCACUUCUAGUGGGUAUAAGCUCAUCGAGUGAUUAUUUUCUUUCUAAGGAAAGAAAUUCAAAUAAUGGUAGCCGUAUCUACUCUUGGAGCUUUGUAGUUACGCAUGGAGCUCCUUACCUGAUGCAUUCUGAGCCUCUGGAUCCUCGUGCAUACAUGGUGGCUUCUGAAAAUGGAUCCGGCAUUCAUCAGAGAAAUAAUUACAGUAGGAUGAAUGUCAUGGCAUGGUUGUUUGGUCUUGUUUGUGGUGCAUUGAUGGCAUUCAUGGUGAUUUUUAUGAGGAAUGUGAUUUCUUGCCGGAGUCCUGUUGCUGCUGUGGAGUGUUCUGUGCACCCUGUGGAAGCUGACUAUGAGAAGGCUGUGAUGGUUGGUGAAAAAGGUACAAAAACUGCUCCAACUUAAAAUGAUAAUGGAGGCCUGUUCUCUUCACUGUAAAUUAAGUUGCAUCUGUGUUUUAGUUAGUAUUUGAAUGUGUUGUAUGAUGGAAAAUGUAGCUUUUGCGUGAAGUGCUCGCAAAUGCUGCAAUUUCCAUGAGAAAGGAACUCUUGUAACAACAAACUCUUUGAUGCCUAAAGGUAGAAGCAGUGAUGUGUGCUACUGUCCCAUUUACAAGUUCAUGAUUGUAGUAAAUGCAUACAUUUACUCAUUCGACAUAAUUUUCUGGUCAUUGUUCGUAUUGAUGUUCUCUGAUCAUUUUUAAAUGGCAAGUUAUGAGUAUUUAUUUCCUUCAUAGCU